ACCCUGUUUUUGCGGGUUAAGUUAUUAGGGUUUAGGUUGUCUCGAUGCCAUGAAUCAAGUGGAAUAGCACUAGACAACUGGGAUAGACCACCUUUAUGAAAUUUCCAGCCCGAAGCUUACCGCAGCGGUAACUGAGCCGGAUGCCUGCCAGAGUUCACCCCCACCGUGACAACCCCACCAUAUAACCAACGCGCUCUGAGCUCGACCGCAAUUACUCCGUUCCAAUAUCAUCACUUCCCGAGUUCAAAAUGUUGCCUUGUCACCGAGUGACCUUUUCGCCGCAAUGUCGUCGUCCACACAACCCUCCUCGCGGGGAUCUUCUCCGCCGUCCGGCGCACUUCCUUUGAGGCGGUCGCAGUUCACAUAUCGCAAUCUAAGCCAGAUGGCGUCCUACAACACGUCCUGCCCGCUCAGGGUCAUCGCCCACAUCGAUCUCGACUGCUUUUAUGCCCAGGCCGAAAUGGUCCGUCUCGGAGUGGCCGAAGACCAACCGCUCGCAGUGCAGCAGUGGCAGGGCCUAAUUGCCGUCAACUACCCAGCGCGCGCUUAUGGAAUUGGUCGCAUGUGUACCGUGACGGAAGCAAAGAAAUUGUGCCCCAAUCUCAUCACCCAGCACGUCGCUACCUGGCGAGAGGGAGAGGACAAAUGGGCAUACCGCGAUGAUGCCGCCGAGAAUAUUGCAACCGAUAAGGUCUCGCUGGACCCGUAUAGACUCGAGUCCAGGCGGAUUCUGGCCACCAUCAAGGACCAUCUUCCCUCGCAUAUGCAAAAAGUGGAGAAGGCUAGCAUCGAUGAAGUGUUUCUUGAUCUCUCCGCCCACGUCCAUGCCGUCCUUCUCGAACGGUUUCCCGAGAUCGCCCGUCCUCCCCCGAGCGGCGACCCGUCAGAGCCUCUCCCGAUGCCUUCCGUGUCCGCUUUGGACUGGCAGGCUGACGCGCUAGUCGACUUGGACGACGAGCAUGCCGAAUUCGACGAUCCAGAUUGGGACGACGUGGCCAUGCUCGUGGCGUCCGAGAUUGUGCGCAAUGUCCGGGCAGCAAUCAGAGACAAGCUCCGGUACACAUGCGCCGCGGGAAUCGCCAGAAACAAGCUUCUCAGCAAGCUAGGCUCCGCUCACAGAAAACCCAAUCAACAGACAGUGAUACGCAACCGGGCGGUUUGGCACUUUCUGUCGGGCUUCAAGUUCACGAAGUUUCGAAAUUUAGGCGGCAAAUUGGGGGAACAGGUCAGCCAGAUUUUCAACACCGAGUCCGUCGAGGAGCUCCUCGUUGUACCCAUUGAGCAGCUCAAGCUCAAGUUGGGCGACGACACGGGCGUAUGGGUCCACAACACUCUGCGGGGCAUUGACAUGAGCGAGGUAAGCCCCCGCACCCAAAUCAAGUCGAUGCUGUCGGCCAAAUCAUUCCGGCCCAGUAUCAACACCGUGGAUCAAGCUACGAGAUGGCUAAGGAUCUUUGUUGCCGAUAUCUUUGCGCGGUUGGUUGAGGAAGGAGUGCUCGAGAACAGGCGUCGUCCUAAAACGAUCAAUUUGCACCACCGACAUGGCGUUCAGACCCAAGGUCAGACCCGCUCGCGCUCAAGCCCCAUUCCUCAGGGGCGCUCACUCGACGAGGAGACUUUGUUUGGGCUAGCCAACACCCUUUUAAACCAAAUCAUCCAAGACGGUCAUGUCUGGCCUUGUUCGAAUCUCAGCCUGAGCGUUGGCGGCUUUGAAGACGGAAUAUCGGGAAACAUGGGAAUUGCUAGUUUCUUAUUAAGGGGCGAGGAAGCCCAGGCAUUAACGGAUGGCCCUCGCACACGGGCCGAAAGCAAACUUAAGGAGCAGUCCCAGCCGCCAGAGAAGCGACGACGGAUCGAUGACGGAGGCAUUCAACGUUUCCUGACAAGGAAGGAGACGCCUUCGCCCUUGGACCCUAUCGAUGCUCUUGCGGAGGACAAUGGUGCAGAAACAUCCCGUGUCAGAGAGACAAAGCUUGACUCGGAUGCACCAUCACUUCCGGAUGAGGGACCUGUGCUCCAAGCCAAUGAUGAGACAGCAAUCGGCGGUCACCUCUGCGCUCGAUGUGGUGCGUGUCUGGAGAGCUCGGAAUCGCUCCAAAGCCACCAAGAUUGGCACUUUGCCAAAGACCUCCAGGAGGAAGAACAUGGCAGGUUGGGAUUCGGUAACCAGGCGUCUACCACUGCAGCAAGUCCACAUUCCGGCGGCCGAAGAUCUGGACCUGCAGCUCCCAAGCGACCAGGAAGGCCCAAAAAGACGGAGCGCGGCCAGCAGAAACUGAGCUUUGGCUGAUAAGGUCCAUGCAUUGCCGAGGCAACCAUGCAUCGAUAAACACCUGCGAAUGGACGGGCGGAAGCAGAGAAUGCGCUCCGAGAUGCCUCUCGACGUCCUCGGUAGCAAGGCACCAUGCUCCUCAAGCCCUCUGCAGUACGGUCAUCAUGAGCGGCAGCAGCCGGCAACGACGAGCCCCGUCCAAGCUUGAGGAGCCGGGUAACCUGUCUCAACAAGCAUGAUAGCUACU